AUGAAUACCAAACUGUUACUCUUCCUGGUAGUUGCUUCAUGUGUGCUUUUCACCGAUGCUCGCAGUAUAUCGCGCCAGAAUGCCGACGCAGUCGAGGGCAAUUUACGCAAGGGUGUCCGAAAUGACGCUGAUAGGGGAGAGUACCCGGCUAAAAAGGGUAAGCCACUCAUGACAUUCAAUGUUGACAGAACGAUUGGAAACUUAACAUGUAAUCGUGUCAUAUUCUUGUAUAAGAUCAGAGAGACUGGCAAUUUCGAAUUGAAAUUUUUGAUGUAAAAGAAUGCGUUGAGGGAACUUUUUGCUGUACUCAAAUCCAUGCAAAAAGUUGAGCCAAGAAUAUGCUUAUGGGUGAAUCUUAUCAAUGGCGCCGAUAGAGGAAGCAUAUGAUGAGCGCGCACGAUUCUCGUAGGAUGUUAUAUUGAAAAGUUUCUCAAGGUAGUAGCUUAUUUGGCAUAAGUCAAACGGAGGAGGCGUUGGCUACAAGCCUUCGCAAAUUAGCCGUUAUAGUAGGGUUUUGCCUGUUCGCUAGAGCAUUUCAAAGGGUUCAAGAAGCCUUUUUUUCCUGGUCUUUUUUCAGCAGGGGGGGGGAUAAAAAGCAGUGAAUUAUGGAUUACGAACAACGGAGAUAGUUUCUGGACAAACUUUGUUGCUGCUUCCGUUCAGGGUAUUGAAAGAUAAUUUGCUUUUAUUAUCUGAGUUGAUUAUGUAAAUUGGCCACCGUAAAGAAUUUUUAAAGCUGGCGUUUCUAGUUCUGACGAAGGACUAACGCUUGAAAUGUCAGCUCAACAAACUCUUUACGGUGGUCAGUUAACAUGAUCAACUCAGUUAAUAAAACCAAAUCGUCCAUGGAUUAUGGCACUUUACUCACGAGAAUCACCUUUUCGUGUUUAGUUUUUAAAAGAACCUAUAAAGGUAAAGACCAAAUCUGAGGAAACACUGUAUUGUUAAACUUAAGGAAAGGGAAAAAGUUCUUGACGGUGGCAAAAAAACAGGCAACAUCGACAGUCCUCCUAAUUCCACCCCUUUACUUUGACAGUGUUCUUGUGUAGAUGUAGAAAUAUGACAUUCAGGGAAAAUCACCGAUGCAUAAAAUGUGAAGGGCUUUGUUUGGCGCGAUUAAGCAUUACGCUUAGGUUGCAUUGUAAUAUAUCUGCUUCUUGAUGCCUGCAUGACUUCUUGUAAAUUGAUGAAAACGAGAUUAAAAGAUUUUCACUUGGUUAAAAUUGAAACCAAUCACCCCUAAACAAUUCUGUUUGACCAAUAUUCCACAGCGGAAGCUAUUCGAGAUUCUCUAAAGGAAUUGCACCCAUUUGUUUGUCUUAUAUGACUUCUGAAAAAAAUCAAAUGUAUUCCUUCUACGACCACAAAGCUUAGAAUUUAACCUCAUGUUUCUUCCACCAAUCCCAGCCUUCCUUCUCUUCUUUUGAAUGAAGUAAAAGGCAGCAUUUUUUGUGGUGAAGAUUAAAAGUUAAUUUUUCCUUUCGCCGUGAAUGUUUCAGAUGAAUCCACUGGAGCCGAUACUCAGGAUGGCAUGGUAAUAGCUCGCACUAUAAUUCAUAGGAUGAGACCCACAAAGAACAAAGUUGAACAGACAGCUCCUAACUUUUCGUUGACAGCUCGUGGUAUUUUGGGUAAAGUAACAAGCAGCGUAAGCUCGGCAUCUAACAAGGCGAAGGAAACAGCGAAUAAAGCGAAAGCCAAAGUUGAAGAGUUAGGCAAGAAAGCGAAAGGUAAAGAUGAAGUACAUAGUUUUCAUGCAUUUUUGAGCUCUACUUCCGCUGCUCGUACAUUUUGUUACAAUCCGUUCUGAAUCUUGUUUAGGAGCUAUUGAAGAAGGAAAAAAAAAGGUGGGUUCCAUCACAGGAAAAAGAAAAUUCGUCGACACUUUGUUGACAGCUCGUGGUAUUUUGGAUAAAGCAAAAAGCAGCUUAAGCUCAGCAUCUAACAAGGCGAAGGAAACAGCGAAUAAAGCGAAAGCUAAAGUUGAAGAGUUAGGCGAGAAGGCGAAAGGUAAAGAUGACGAAAAUGGUUUUUAUGCAUUUCUAUGAUCUACUUUCGCUGCUCACACAUUUUGUUACAAUCCGUUAAAAAAUCUUGUUUAGGAGCUGUAGAGGAGGGAAAGAAAAAGGUGGGUUCCAUCACAGGAAAAAGAGAAUUCGAGGCAUUCUUGGAAACAAGUAUGGGAACGCGGGAAGGUAAAGAGACUUGACCAAAGGUUCUGAGCUUAUCCUCGCUUCCAGAGUCCUCGUUUCUUUCAGUCAUGAGAUUGGAGAAACGAGCGCACCCAUUAGUGAAAACGAGCAGCUCUGGGAACGAAAUUGUUCUGAACCUGUGUAAAUUUAGCAAUCUGCGCAUGCGAUGUGAUAAAGAAGAUGGAAACAUAAGACGGGGCAAUGUUAACGGAAAAGCUCAUAUUCUGCAACUGAAAAAUAGACUAGAAACUGUUAUUGGAGGUCUUUUUUUUAUUUGUCACAUCUUACUCGCCACUAAUUGAGACCUAAAGCCGAGGCGCCCGGAUACUUUCACACCUGAAAGAUGUUCAUCGCCUUCGACAACACAAUAUUACUACUCACUUUUCCUUGUUAGUCGCCUUCUAUGCUACGAAUUUACCCUCAUGAUUUGUAUUUAUUCGAUUCCUUUUUCAUUUUUCCCCCUCGAACAGAUUUAAUGGGAAACGUUUCAGCGGGGAAGGAUUAAAAGUUUGUUUUUCCUUUUGUCUCCUUGUUUCAGAUUAAGCCAGUGGAACAGAUUCUCAAGACGAAAUGCCAGAUAGACCAAGAAAGAGGGUUGAGACUAGCAAAUAGUUGA